UGGAUGGAAUUUUUCUUUUUCUUCUUUCAGAUCGUUCUCAACUCGAUGCACAGAUAUCAACCGAGGAUACAUUUAGUACGGUGUCGACAAACGGACGACAACAAUCUUCGCAUAACCGAGCUUCAGAAGGAGGAGCACAAGACGUUCGUAUUCCCCGAGGCGAUUUUCACCGCGGUGACUGCCUACCAGAAUCAAUUGAUAACCAAGUUGAAGAUCGACAGUAACCCGUUCGCCAAAGGUUUUCGAGACUCGUCCAGGCUGACGGAUUUCGAUCGAGACCCGAUGGAAUUGAUGGAGCAGCAAUUGGUGAGGUGCGGGGUAGCCCCGGUCAGGUUGUACGAGCAU